GGCUCCCGUUCCUUGAGUUGGCGGCCCCCUCGGGCGCUGUUAGGUGGACGUCGAGUCCCCGGUGCGGGUGGCCGCGGUUUCCCGGUGGUACACUCUGCUACUGCUGGAGGCGACAUGAGUGCCGCGGGGUUGUUGGCUCCGGCCCCGGCCCCGGCUGGAGCGCCGCCGGCGCCGGAGUACUACCCCGAGGAGGACGAAGAACUGGAGAGCGCCGAGGACGAUGAGCGCAGCUGCCGGGGCCGCGAGUCGGACGAAGACACUGAGGAUGCUAGUGAAACUGACCUGGCAAAACACGAUGAAGAAGACUAUGUAGAAAUGAAGGAACAGAUGUAUCAGGACAAACUGGCUUCUCUCAAGAGACAGUUGCAGCAACUGCAGGAAGGUUCGUUACAGGAAUAUCAGAAGAGAAUGAAAAAACUAGAUCAGCAGUACAGAGAGAGGAUACGAAAUGCAGAACUCUUCCUCCAGCUGGAGACUGAACAAGUGGAAAGAAAUUACAUUAAAGAAAAGAAGGCAGCGGUGAAAGAAUUUGAAGACAAAAAGAUUGAACUGAAAGAGAACCUGAUUGCUGAGCUAGAAGAAAAGAAAAAGAUGAUUGAAAAUGAAAAGCUUACGAUGGAACUGACUGGAGAUUCAAUGGAAGUAAAACCCAUCAUGACCAGAAAGUUGCGGAGGCGACCAAAUGAUCCUGUCCCCAUCCCAGACAAGAGAAGGAAACCUGCUCCUGCCCAGCUAAACUAUUUGUUAACAGAUGAACAGAUCAUGGAGGAUCUGAGGACGUUAAAUAAGCUUAAGUCACCCAAGAGACCAGCAUCCCCAUCCUCUCCUGAACACUUGCCUGCCACACCUGCAGAGUCUCCAGCCCAGAGAUUUGAAGCUCGGAUAGAAGACGGCAAACUGUACUAUGAUAAAAGAUGGUACCACAAGAGCCAAGCCAUCUACCUGGAGUCGAAGGACAACCAGAAACUCAGCUGUGUGAUCAGCUCCGUCGGAGCCAAUGAGAUCUGGGUGAGGAAGACAAGUGACAGCACAAAGAUGAGGAUCUACUUGGGCCAACUUCAGCGUGGACUCUUUGUGAUCCGCCGGCGGUCAGCGGCUUGACUUUCUACAGUGUUCUCCCCUUGACCCUUUUUUUGGAGUGGUUUUUAUUUUUGUUUUGUCUUCUUAAUAGAAAAAUUUUAACUCACUGGGAAUAGCUACUCGGCCUUGGAAAAUGGAGAACACUGUUGAGGAUUCUGCAAGACACUUGGGUGGCUGGCCGCUUCCAUCUCGGUGUCAUUCUUGCCUGUCUUGACUUCCAGACAUCCGUCACCAUGGGACUGUUUUACAUUCAGGAGUACUGGGGUUUGAUUUACUGUCCCUUUAUUUCUUUAUUUUUUGCUUGUAUUUUGUCUUUAACUUUUUUUUUUUUUUUAAAGCUCCUUUGAGUUUGAAGGGAAAGCUCUUUUGUUAAUUAUCUUCGGGUCUUUCUACCGUGAAGAAGAGCGGGAAGAGAUACACUCUACAGUGCAUUUUCACAUUGGGAAUCUGAUUAGUGGAUUACAUAGCUACUUCCCUUGUCGAGCCCAAUUCACUGUUUCCCCAGAAGCUUUGGGCAGAGGUCCUAGCAGAAGGAGAUUAAUUCUCCUGGCUCUCUGCCUUCUCAGAGAAAUAAAUGCCUCGUGUAACAUCUGGUGCAUGCCAUCCAUUCCACUGGCUGAGCAACGGGAAAAUUUGCCUGGAGACGGUGUAGUGAAGUGAAUGGGGUUGGGGGAAGGGGAAAUGUCAUAUUUGUAAUGUGCUGAAGUUGCUAAUAUUUUAAAUGUUACUUAAUGCAGGUGGUUUAUUCAAACAUAUUUGCCCUAGCUCAGGCUGGAACCAGGAAGUGGUCAUUUCAGAAGUUUUCAUUUGUAUUUCAUUUCUCUCCCCUGUUCCCAAGUAGAUGAAGUAGGACACGCCACAGGCUGAUUAUCUGGGUUAUCUGUCGUAGGUGGGGAGAAGAGAUUGAUAGUACAAUAAUCAGUGAUCUAUAGGCUGUUACUCACAAUCCAGGUUUCACUGUGUUGCUGGUGCCAUUAUUGCAUGUCGGCUACUCCAGACCCAUGGAACUUUGUGGUCAGGCCCUCAGCACUCCCAGCCUGCCAGGAGAUCAGGCCCAGCUUGAAGAGAAGGAAAGCUCCUCUGCCAUGGCUGCCACUAAACUUACACUGUUUCUAAAGAAUCCAGAUGCAAGGGCCCUCCAUCCAGGCUCGGCGCCCUUCCCUCGUUCCCAUACAUGGAGAAAUGACUCAUUGGGUAGGGGGUUUUUGUCUGCUCUAGUUGCCAUCUUGAGAGCUUGAAGGAAUUUGGGGUUAGAGCAGUUUUGUUAGCAUCUCUAUGGGCAAUCAGUAGAGCUGACACAUCCUGGGAAAUCUUUGUAAGUAAUUCCUCCGGUCUCAAGCUGUUCUUGUGUUGUCCUUGAUGCACACACCCUGAAGCAAGUUGGAGGGCCAUGGUGUCAAGUAAAUCCCCUUCUCUUGAGUCCUGGCUUCAACAGAGUCCAAACCUUACUGACUCAGAGUAAAGAUUUAUACAGAUAUAUUUUUGUUGUAAUUUAUAAUCCAUUUCCCCCACCCUUGUCCCCCCCCCUCCCGCCAUGUUGGCAUCUUAGAUAGAAAAUAGGAUAAAUGAUACUGUUCAUCAGAAGUUGCCUGGGCGUUCUGUUUCUUCUCUGCUCUCCAACCCCCAUUAUGAUGAUGUUCCAGACAGGGAACCAAGUCCAUGGUGAACUGGGGCUUCACUGUUUCUUCUUGACACCUUUGCUGUAAGGGAGGACUUCUGUCACUUGAGUUGUCACUCUGGUGUGUGUGACAUCCCAUAAUACCAGGUAGCUAUCGGUUAUCAGCUAGUGCCCUGUGAUGGAAAUUGAUUUAAAUAUAUAAAGUAUGUUUUGCCAUCAAGGGUGUUGGUGUUUGUUUUGUUUUUAACGAUCAUUUUCCUUUUAAACAAUAUACCAAAGCUUGUACUGAUAACCACUGGGAAGGUCAGCAUCGAAGCAGCAACAAUUUGCCUGUCUUUUCUUGCCUUGUCUGGUGGCCCCUUUCUGCUUUUGUGAAGUGUGACUGUCUGUUUGAAGACCAGGGUUGGGCACUUUUGCUGUCUCUCUUCUGUAUCUUCUAAGGGUGUUUGAAGCCAUGGUCCCCACCCAUCACUGCCUUCUGUUCCUCAGCGUCCUCACAACUCCUAUAUCUCACUUUCAUCAUGGCCUAGGGAAUGUGGAAAAUGUUAAGUGGACUUGAGACACAGCAUAGCAAAUUAUACUCUGAAUCCCAGAAGAUUUCACUUUUUAUUUAGUCACUGCAGAGAUGAAAAAUCGGCAGCUCAACCACUGUUGCAGGCCUCUGUGGUGACGAGGGGCAGGAGAAGCCCUUUUGAUAGUAGGUGGAGAUACUUUUGUGGUGGACAGAGGCUAACUCAAAGGGGUAAACAGACUCUGAGAUUCCAUAGAACAGUAAGAAGAGCUGACUGUUAGCCCUGGUGGCCAGUCCCUGUUCCUAAACAUCUUUGUUGCUCACUAGACCCUGGGCCACCAGAUGAAUUCCCACGUUCAAACUUUUUCCUGCAAGUUACACUUUGAGAAAGUCUGGCCCAGACAAUUCUGAUCAAGAACCUGUACUUGUGUUUUUUUUAGGGACGUUUGCUUCACGUAUUAUAUUUGUCUCAAGUGUUUGCUAUGGAUAUGACCCGAUACUUAUUUUACCUCUGAUGGGAGGUUUUUGUGUACCUCUGUCACACCCCUCCACCCAAGCCAGUGUCCUUUUCAACAAUUUCUAGAUAGAUUUCUGUAGCCAUACCAAAGCCAGGAUGUUUUCAUUUGUUUGGAUACCAGUAUUUAUGGAUGUCUUAACUACCUAACCUUAUUUUUCUUUUUAAACCUUUGACUGGGGCCAGUUAAGAUCCCAGAGGCUGAUCUGCAAAUCAGAGUACAUGUAUUUGUGUUUGAGACCCUGUGUCCAGGACCGGGUGGCUUUGCUGAGAGAGAUACGGGGCUGAGGUGG